AUAGUCAGUUCGGUGUUCAGUCUCAGAGACUCAGACUCAGUCAGUAGGUUACCAAUACAGAGACAGAACAUACAGUGAGACAAAUACCUAUAUUUAGGUCUGAAACUGACUGUGAUAAUUAUUCAUUGUUAAUUCUUGUUGUACGUGAUCUGUUGUCUACUGAAAUUGUUUUAAAAAAUAUAAAUGCGACAAAUUUGUUUAAAAACGAGAAAAAGAUGAAAUAUGAUAAAGAACACUGAUGAAGAAUAUUCAUUCUAUUAUUGCAAGUAAACCUUAAAAAGGCUGUAGAAUGGAGAGAGACAAUACUAUACCGUUUGAGAAACAGUAUAAGGUUGGACAUGUCCUGGGUAAAGGUGGAUUUGGAGUGGUGUAUGCCGGAGUUAGGAACCGGGAUGGAUUAAAGGUUGCCAUCAAACAUGUCGCCAAACUCAAAAUCAAGGAAUGGGAAAAUGUUGGAUGUGAGCGGGUUCCCCUGGAGAUCUGCUUGAUGUUCAAGCUGCGAGGAGAACCUGGAGUAGUCCGUCUUCUCGACUAUUUUGAGCGACAUGAUUCCUUCAUCAUCAUCAUGGAACGUCCAGAUCCAUGCAAAGAUCUCUUCGAUUUUAUCACAGAAAAAGGAGUUUUAGAAGAACAAUUAGCUAGGAACUUUUUUCAUCAGGUUGUGCAGACUAUCAUAGCUUAUCAUAGAAAAGGAGUCAUUCAUAGAGACAUAAAGGAUGAAAACCUGUUAGUGGAUUUGAACACACUUCAGCUCAAGUUGAUCGACUUCGGGUCCGGGGCCUUUCUCAGGGACUCAGUCUACACAGACUUUGACGGAACCAGAGUUUACGCUCCUCCUGAAUGGAUAGAGCAGGGUAGAUACUAUGGGGAGGCUGCGACCGUCUGGUCCCUAGGCAUCCUCCUCUAUGACAUGGUCUGCGGGGAUAUCCCAUUCGAGACGGAUCAGCAGAUCUGUCAGGCACAACUCAGAUUCCGGUACAGAGUGAGCGCUGAGUGCCAGGACCUGAUCCAGAAUUGUCUCAGGGUUGACACUGACCAGCGCGCUACUCUUCAAUCCAUUCUCCGACAUCCUUGGCUCAAGAAAUCCGCCAACAGUGAGUCCGUGACCCAGCCCGGCCUCCCCAUACCCGCCGGGCCCAAUAAUAAUAAUCAGUACGAGGAGACGCUCAACUCCGUCGGCUCAAACAUCUCGACCGGAAGCGAUAGUCCAAAUUUUGGUCUGUCGACCGGCGACCGAAGUAUGAUACCGCUGACCCACCUUGACGGUCCGAUUUCAUCCCUAGGAGCAUCGGAUGUCCGCGUGCGCGUUGAGCAGAUUGAUAAACACGAGCGCAGAGACUGCCCGUCUGUCAUGGAAAUAUCGCCAGCUAGUUAUGCAACUCUAUAAAUUCAAAAGAACUAGUUAAAUAUUCAAAAAUGCGCGAAUUCAACUUCCUACAAUCUCAUUUAGUCUUGUACAGUGUACACUCCGCCAUGUUGAAUGUUAACCCUUGAUUGACAAACAGGAAAUUAUCUGGGCAUAUUUUGCUUUUACACUUAGAAAUGUUAAUACUAUGUCUGUUUUGAUAAAUCAAUUCGUUUAAAAAACCAAAAAAAUAUUUUUGGGUUUCCGAAACCUUCCCUCGAUACCAGUGAACGUUAUUUUGUGCGUGCCAUUAUGUUGUGUUUGAAACCUUUAAUAGAGUAAAGUUAUUAAUUCGGAUUUUAAAAACUAAAUUGUUACCAUCUAAAUUAUCCAUACCUACUUCUCCCUUGACAUAAAUAUUUAAUAUAUAUAUCAUGAGUUGUGUACAAACGUACAUAAAAUGUUUGAGCUCGGUGUAACUAAAUUGUACCUUUAAAUGACCUUUGAGGGCGCGAGCGUAGCGAGAAAGCGACCCUUUUUUUACUUGACAAAACCAAUGAUCUCCUUAAAGGUCUAGACACCAGGGGAAACUAUUCCGCUGAAAAUGCUUUUCAAAAAAACUGCCGAUUUCUUCUCAAAAAUUCUAACAAUUGUAAUCUAAUUAAUUUCUGAAAACUUUUUAUUAAUUGUCCCUUCAAGGGAAAGUAUAAAGGCCUGACUAAAGUAAUUUUCUUCAGUACAACGUUCUUUUGUAUAGUACAGUUAACAGUACGCUAAUGGACAGGAAAAAUACAGUACACAGUACGCUAUAGAAAGUACACAGUACGGUACAGGACACAGUACAUUACAGUAUAGUACAGUAAAGUUUAGCGUAUAUCUAUACAUAAGAAUGAUGUGCAUCCAAGAAAUUUGUAAAUUAACCAUUUUGUGAAUAAUAACCUGAAGGUGUAUAGUGUACAGUGGUGUGAAGAGUCCAGAUUUUUCAGUACAUAAAAUGUACAUUGUGUACAUUUGGUGGUAUACUUCCCUCGCGUUAAAUAGUAUUUGUAAGUUUGUACAGGGUCUUUUAGUGUACACACACACACAGUGUACUGUAGUUGUUUGUUUACAUUGUACGCUGUAGUGUACUUCAGUCUCUCUCCACAUAUCCAAAGGAUUAAAAAUUUGAUUUGACAUUUUUUUAUAUUUUUAUAAAUUCAAAAAGUUAAACAUGUUUUAAACCCAUCUUUUGGAGAGAUAAAAAACUAUGUAUUGUAGUAGAUUUGCCGUAGUUUAAUUAAUCUGUAGAUAUCAAUUCUUUUGGUUUUAGAAAUAAUUCAUAAUAAUUUACAACAAUUCAAAUGUGCAGAUAUUAGGAGUUAUUAAUCAAAUUAGAAACUAAACCGACAAAUUUUCGGGAAAUUUACAUUUAUUAGGAAAAUCGCCAAUUUUAGACAAAACUUAAAAACAAAUAUUUUGUUUCGUUCUAGUCAAAAAGUAUUGUCAACUAUAAAAUUGUAUAAAAGUUAUUUUAAAAAAUAGGAAUUGCGAAAUAGUAACAAAAAUUUUAGUAGAAAAACCAAUUAAUAGUUUUUAAAAAUUUACAAUGAUAAGCAGAGACGCAACUGUAGUGUUUUGUCGGUGGGGGCAGAAAUUGUGUGCAAAUCUGGGGAAUUUUUUGUAUAUAAUGAAAUCCUUGAUUUUUUAAAUCUUGUUUUUGUCAAUAAUUAUUCUAUUUUCAUAAUUUCCCCUGUUCUUAGCUGAAAAUGUUUAAAUUGCUGAAGGGGCGGGAGCGGGGGGGAUUUUGCAAGGUUCCCUUUGGUAAAGCAAUUGGACGGUGGUCGGAACAAAAUGCCCCUUCCCCCUCUCUGCUAUAGUUGCGCCUUUGAUAAUAAGGCAUUAGAUAAUUAUUAACCAAUUUUGUAUAACCGUUGUAUGUCACAUGUAAAGUUUAUUAGUUUAUCUUGAAAUAAAAUCAAUCAAUUUAUCGUUUUUCAUCAAUUAUAAAUAGAUUGAUUUUAAUACCCCCGUUGGUUUCUUAAAUGUUUCAGUGACCAAGAAUUAGAAAUAAAUUUAAUAAAAAUA